UGUAGAUGUUGUGCAAGAUCUUUUACCCAGGACAUAUAUUUUAACAUUUGACCGUUGGCCCAUGUAUCGGGGAAUCUUACUUCUAUUGGUAAGAUAGGCAGUUAAGUUGGGUUUUGACAAAAAAACGGAUGAUCGAAAAGUCGGGCAAUCCAGUGGAUCUGGCUGGCAUACCGUUUUAAAUCCGGGGCGUCAUCUCGUCAACUCAACGUGGGCUGGGGCUGGGACGGUCCCUCCUCCCCCAGUGGUGGCUUGCGUAUUCCUGUCUACCUACCUUACCUCCAUACCAACUUUCUUGACUUUAUUCCCAGGCUUUGUUGCCAUAACAGGAACGCCGAAUCAGACUUAGUCCAUCGCCACUAGGGGUCUGCGAAUACGUACUCCUACGUCCUGAUUGAUUUACAAACUUAGUUACAUUGCGGUACUCCUCCCGCACAUGCAUACAAAGUUUAUAUCCAUCAAACCCAUGUUAGCUGCUGACCACUCCGCCACAACAUCCUCUCUUCUGCUUACUUUCCUGGACUGUGUCACGGUUACCGUCUCUACAAUCCCACUUCCGAUAAUCUUCAACAUUCUUCUCAGUGGGCACGAACUGAUCCGACGCCACUCCCAUCGAACCUUAAAACCCAUACCGCAUCAGGCAUCCAGCUUUCCUGGUGGUUGGCCAUCGAAGUCGUCUCGACCCAGAACCAUCUGUGCUGACUUUCUCGAACUCUACCGGCAACAAAACUGGGCCGGAAGAAAACGUCAGGGUCACAGCAGCCCUGGCGCUUAUCUUGUCAAUCUGUACCUGGAGAGCAUCUGUCAACGGUCGACCGUAGGCAAUCACUAGCAAACGGAUCGGCCCAGGCGCCGCCCGCACUGCUUUUGUGCUGUCCAACCAGUCCUGGUAGCGCCUAGGACGGCUACAGAAACCUUCCCGACGCGACGAAUCUCAAUCUUACUACUAAACGAAACCGAGAUUGUCCAUAUCGCAUAACUAAGCCGCGCCGCAUCGAGACAAUUACACGAUCCCUAGCGGUCCUCUUGGUCGAGAUUGAAGCCUAUGGGACGGGCUUCCCUGAAAUCGAUUCACGAGUAGCACGGAACCUGCACUCUUGAGCUUUAGGGGGGAAAUAGUCUCGAAAACGGAAACUUCACAGGGCUCCACCAUGGCCCUCAGCGACAGCACUAGUGCGCCAGGAAAUUCACACGAUCGAGAAGCCGCUGGACAAGGCCGGACGGCCCUCCCAACCCGACCAACAAUCCCAAUCAAGAGCCUAAGCGCAACAAGCUCGUCCCACGGUCGGUGCUCACCUCCGUCACAGGAGGGAGACGUUAUGGAGACAAGCUUGCACAGAUCACCUUCCUCGGGCAGAGAUCAAAAGAGUGCGCAAAGUUCAGGCUUGGCCCACCCGCCAAGCCCGGCAUCACUGGCCAACGAUGCGGCGUCUGAUGCCGGAACGGACGUCAUGUCCGUGGCCAGUAAUCAGACGCCAUCCGGGCAGGUUUGCAGUAACUGUGGAACCACUCAGACACCACUGUGGAGGAGAUCACCACAGGGGGCGACCAUAUGCAAUGCAUGCGGCUUGUACCUGAAGGCCCGAAACGCUGCGAGGCCUACAAACCUGAAGCGCCCCCUCAAUAUUGUUGCUAGUGGGACACCAAGGGCCGCGGAUAAAUCUGCAGGAAAGGGGGCCCAGUCAGGCUCGUCCAGCGUGAGCGGAGCGACAUAUGUCACGGCGGAACACACACCCAGUGGCAGCUGCCCUGGUGGAGGCCGGUGCAAUGGCACUGGUGGGGCUGAGGGGUGUAGCGGCUGUCCUGCAUACAACAACAGGAUAGCAAAGAGCGCCAGCUUGAAUGUUGCUUCUGGCACAUGCGCAAGUCAGCAAGCUACUGAGGAUCCGAACGCUGUCGAUAUGACAACUUUGCGAAUCCAGAGCCAAAACACAACCGUAGUGAUUGCUUGCCAGAACUGUGGGACAACCAUCACGCCUCUUUGGCGACGUGACGAAGCUGGCCAUACGAUAUGCAACGCAUGUGGACUUUACUACAAGCUCCAUGGCGUUCAUCGACCAGUCACGAUGAAGAAAGCUGUCAUCAAACGGAGAAAAAGAGUCUUACCGGCAUCGCAGCAGGGUUCACCGGCACCAGUAGACGGUGCUAGCCCUGGUCGCGAGGAUGGCGCGUCGCCUUCGCCUCAACCAGAAACACCACUCGAACGUGGAUCUAUCAACGCAGAUGGGUCUGUAAACCUGGGUCUACGACGCCGUGGGAAUGACAACAUGCAGCUGGUACCAGAAAGCGUCUUGCGACAAAAUACACAACAUGCGGGUGCGCCCAGAGGUGAUCUCGCGCAGUACCACGUCACCAGCUCUCGGCCUUCCGAACACCGCCUGCCUCCGCUUAACCCAGUAGCAAGCCCGGUCGACAGGCAGCCGUCGUUGUCUCCCGGCUCUUUUAUAGGCUCGUCUAGUCGAAAGCGAUCUUUGUCUGUAGCCGACGAAGGCGCUCAAGCGCAGGGCGGCGGGGAGGACCCUGGCUCCUCGAAACGCCUAUCGUCAAUAAACUCGCUACUGAGUGGUCCACUGUCCACGGGCGACGAGCUGCCACCCAUGGACCAGUCGAGGAGAAUGAUGCCGAUAGCUGCCAUGACGGCGCCGCCAAGCGAAGGUAGCUACGCUGGGGAACGUGACAAGGCUGGCCGCAGGGCAGAGCUCGAACGGGAGGCGGAAAAAAUGAGACAGAUGCUUGCGGCCAAGGAGCGCGAGCUAGCGGAGUUGCAGUAAAAAAAUAAAAGUGUGGCAUACUCUCAGCGGGCGCUUUGGAGUGAGGGAUCUCGUCGCUUUUUGAAAAGAGUGGGGAGCUUUGAGAGAUGUAGAGACUGAGCUGCAAAAGCAACAUGUGCGCGCGUAUGUGUGUGUGUGUUUAUGAAAUAGUACUUCUGUAACGAGAAUCACGAAUAAAUGAAGCGAAAAGCAAGGGAUAGGUGCAACGAGCUAUUUGUCUUGUUGUCCACUCACUCAACUUGCCCGAGGUUUGAGAGACGUCAUGCAUGUGGCAGUGUGCCUACCUUAUUUGGGAACUCAAGCUCGCUUACCAACAUUUAUUUGUUAGAAUGUUUAUAUUUAUUGCCACAGUGUGUGGCAGAAGACCUUGUGCCUCAAAGUGCAGGACUCGGAAUGAUGAAGAUUCAAUGUGUCAAUGUGUACAUUUAAGAUUUGUAUUGUCGUUUGAACAUAUAUUAGUUAGCAAACAGCCACCAAGCUACUCUCUCCUA